AUAUAAAAAAUAAAAAUAGAGAAGAAAGUAAUUGCUUCUCUCUUUCUCUCUCCGUUCUGAUUGGGAGGGAGAACCAAGAAAAACCAUGAUGGAUUCUUCAAACCAUGGAAAAUCCCCUCCAAAAGAAUCAUCAACCUCCGAUCACCAACCCUCAUCAAAUAAUGACUCAUCUCCACCGCCACAACCACCACCAGUGGCCGCACCUCACAUGAUGUAUUACCCACCGGGAACCGGUUACCCCAGUCACGGCCCACAACCACCACCCUAUCAUCCUUACCCACCACCGCCACAUGGCUAUGCCCCAUACCCUCAAGGAUACAAUAACUAUCCUGGUCCCGCACCAUACUAUAACGUUCCUCCAAACUAUAACGCCGCUAACGGAGGUAGAGGUUUCUUUCGAGGAUUCAUAAUGUGUUCAUGUUUAAUAUUUACCUGUUUUUUUCUAUCCUCCAUUAUCAUGGCUCUAAUAUUACAUCCUCAAUUACCUGUUUACAAAGUUACAUCUUUAUCGGUAACCAAUUUCAACACCACUCCAAUUUUAACCGGUGAUUGGAACAUUAGUAUCACGGUUCAAAAUCCCAAUGACAGGUUGAGAGGUUAUUUUUCAGAUUUUAAGGUUGAUGUUGUGCACGAAAACGACGAAUUAGCAUUGAGUUAUGUACCCGAUUUUGAGUUGGAAAAACAUGAACAAAAACAAAUGGAUGUGAAAACCUCGUCGUCUAACGGUGCAUACGGCGUGUCGUUUCAAAAGUGGGAUUUGGAUAAAAUUGCUAAUGAAAGACAAACAGGUUCCGUUAUGUUUGGUGUGAGGGUAUCUUCUAUGACUGCGUUUAAGUCUACCUCGUUGUCCACGAGAAAUGCAGUCAUACUCGCUGUUUGUGAGGGGUUAAAGGUUGUGUUCCAAACUAACACUGGCACAGGCACGUUGGAUACUGGGGGUAAUCCCGUCAUUUGCCAACUUUAUAUGUGAAAAUCAAAUUAAAUUAAAUUAAAUGUUAUCAUGCCUUUAUCCAUUCUUCAUUUUCUUUUUCUUGUUUGAAUGUUGAAAACAAAACUUUUCUUUUAGGAAUUCAAAAACAGGAUCUGAGUUUUAUAGUGGAAA